UAUCUUGUCCAGCAGGGUUAAAUUAGAAAUACUCCAAUUCAUGAUAAACUUAUAAAUAGCAUUUCAGCAAAAUAUAACACGAGAAUAGUGAGGAAGCUCAAAUCAAGAUGAAGAUUUCUGUGGCGAUAGCCGUCGUUUUACUUACGGCUGUCAUCCAUGCUGAAGGAAGAAAAACUGAGGUACUGAGGAAGAAAAGAAGCGUGAUCCAAAUUCCAAAGCUUCCAGAUUCUAUGCAACAAACGCAAUCACAAAGUCAAUCACAAAGUCAAACGAUAAGUUGCGAACCUGCAUGUUCAGAGAACGGAGCUUGCGCUGGCGUGAACACCUGCAAUUGUGAUGAUGGUUGGACUGGACCAACUUGUCACCAAUUUCACUGUGACAACGAAUGUCAGAACGGUGUAUGUUCUGGGCCAAACACAUGUAGUUGCAUUGUAGGCUGGGACGGUGAAACCUGCGCCCAAGCUAUAUGUUCGCCAAACUGUGGGUCCAAUGGCAUAUGUGACGAACCUAAUCAUUGCAAAUGCUCAGAAUUUUGGAGCGGAGACUUGUGUGAUGUCGCAACUUGUGGAGACGGGUGCCAAAACGGAGGAUCUUGUACUGGACCAAAUGAGUGUGAAUGCCCAAAUGGAUACAGAGGAGAACGAUGUGAAACUCCUUUACCAAAAGAUUGCGUAUUCCCCUUUGAAUACAAUGGGAAAAUGUACGAGGAAUGUACCAACGUGGAUGGAAAUGGUGAUUACUGGUGUUCUACCUCUACAAUAUAUCAAGGAGAGACCAGAAUCUGUACUGCAUAUCCAUUGGUUGAAGCGAUCGGCGAAGAAUUACCAGUCAUUGUACCAAUCCCUGCACCAGCGAUCGAAAGCAGUGGCCAAGAAUUACCAAUUAUUGAUAUAAACCAUGUGGGCGUAAUUGAAUCCAGUGGUCAAGAAAUCUCACUGACCGGAAUUGAAGGCAGUGCAGCAGGAUUACCAAGUAUAGAUGCAAAUCAUGGAUCCGUUAUUGAAUCCAGUGGGCAAGAAGCAUCACUGCCUGGAAUCCAAAUUGAAGGCAGUGCAGCAGGAUUACCAGUCAUUGAAACCAGUGGCGCAGGCUUACCUGACUUCGAAGCUAGUGGUGCAGGCAUUGAGGUCACCGCAAGUGGAGAAGGAUCAGGUGGAUCUGGAGGAGAGGGAAUUGUUCUUCAUGGAAAUACGUGCGCACUAUGGGGUAAUGAACAUUAUCUCACAUUCGAUGGAGCUAUGUUUACGUCCACUGGUCGAUGUCAUUAUGAGGUCAUACGUGACUGUUCUGGUGGAAACACUUUCGUCAUCAGCGUGCUCUUUUCGGAUGAAGGAAAAGCAAUUCUUCGAAUCUCAAACGCUGACAUCGAAUUGGAACUUUCACAAGGAGAAGCCACAUUUAAUGGAGAGAAAGUUAAAAUUCCCAGUCUGACCAGUGGAGUCCAUAUCGAAACCAUCCCGUAUACAGAUUUCAUCGUAUUGUAUGGUCAACUUUUCGGGCUUUCUAUUGCCUGGAAUGGUGAUUCUGGUUUUUUCUUCCACAUUACCGAUCAAGAGAAAUGGCACGGAAAACUGUGUGGUCUUUGUGGAAAUUACAACGGAAACAUGUUGGACGACAUGAUCCCAAGAGGAUCAGAUAUGGUAACCGUAAAUAUGGAAGAUUUUAUGGACAGCUGGCAAAUCAAAGAUCAAACAGGGGUUUGCACCACGCCAGAAGUUUCGCAUUAUUGCUCUGGGCUCUCAACUCAACAAAUUGAGGAUGCUGCUGCCAUAUGCGAGCAAUUGAAGGAAGAAGAUGCUUUUGCUGCCUGUGCUGGAUACGUUGCUGAAUCAACAUUCAAUGAACUAUGUUUGAUGUCAAUGUGCCAAUGCACUGGCGAUUACAACGAUUGUAUCUGCAAUUCUUUAACUCAGUUUAGCAGACUUUGCGUUGCCAGAGGAGCUCACAUUGAAAAUUGGAGGACAGAACAAUAUUGCGCCAAAGAAUGUAGCGGGGGUAUGGUACACAUGGAAUGUGGAACUCCCUGCCCAAAAACUUGUCGCAACCGUCUUCAACAAAUGAUCUGCCCAACAGCGUGUAUUGAUGGAUGUUUCUGUCCUCACGGCACCGUUCUCGAUGGCGACGUUUGUGUCCCAGAAAGCGAAUGCUCUUGCGUUCACAACGGAACAAAUUAUAAAAAUGGCGAGGUUCGCAAAGAAGAAUGCAGAGAAUGCACUUGUGUUGGUGGUGCAUGGACUUGCGAUUUCCUUCCUUGUGGAGGAGAAUGCGCUGUGACUGGUGAUCCUCACUACAGAACGUUUGAUGGAAAUACCUACAACUUCGAUGGAAAAUGUCAAUACGUUCUUGCCACUGAUGGAUGCGGAGGAUCAAAUUAUACAUUCUUGGUAACAGCUGAAAAUGUACAAUGUGGUGAAUCUGGAUAUUGCACAAAAUCUGUUCUUUUAGUAACAAAGGGUAUGCUCGGAAAACACAAAUACAAACUCAGUGCUGGGGAUGUUGUCGCUGUUGAUGAUGUUUCCGUUGCAUUACCUUACAUACAUGGCGAUGUCUCGGUUGAGCGAUUGUCCACUCUGUCAAUGAGACUUCGAAGUGCUCUCGGAUUUGACUUAGAAUGGGAUGGAAAAAUGCGAGUCUACAUUAGGCUUUCCUCAGAAUGGAGAAACAAAGUUUGUGGAAUGUGUGGAAACUUCAACUCAAAAUCGACCGACGAUUGGGCAACACCACAAGGAAGUGUUGUAACUAGUGUCACAACUUUCGGAAAUUCUUGGAAGAUUAAUCAAGAAUGUCCCGAUGCUCUCCCGGUACUUCCAGAUUCUUGCAAACUCAGCAAAGAACUUGAAACAUAUUCAGAAGCAAUGUGUGCUGUUAUCAAAGAAAAACAAUUCUCAGCAUGUCAUAGUGUUGUAGACUGGAACUUGUUCUAUUAUAACUGCAGAAAUGAUGUAUGCAGUUGUGGAACAACGCAAUGGUGUGCAUGUGACGCCGUCGCUGACUAUGCGCGAGAAUGUUCAAAGAAGGGAGUCAUCGUCCAAUGGAGAAAUGAAAGCUAUUGUCCAAUUUCCUGCCCCGAUGAAAUGGAAUAUCAUGAAUGCGAUUCCCUCUGUUCAACAACUUGCAGAGCUUUUGGUGACAAUCCCAUGGUUUGCGAUUCAUGUAACGAAGGUUGCUUCUGUCCCAAAGGAACAUAUCUUACAGAGGACCAAACUUGUGUCCCGCUUGAAAAAUGUGAAUGCACUUAUCUUGGAGCCAUUUACAAACCAGGCGAAAAACUUGAUCUCAACAGCAUUUCUUGUGUUUGUGAAAACGGACAAAUGGCUUGCCACAACAAAACAGAGGGAUAUUCAUGCGACCCCUCUUUUGAAUAUUUCGAUUGCCGCACUGCCGCUGCUGGUUCAACUGGACUUGCCUGCAAAACUACAUGCUCAAAUCCGUUCAACAAUUUGUGCAAUGCCGAAACAGAGCAAUGUAUUUCAGGAUGUACUUGUCCCGUCGGAUUUGUACUAGACGAGAAGACUCACGUAUGUGUAGAACUUGAAAAAUGCACAUGCCUUCACAACGCAAAACUUUACAUGCCGGGAGAAACAAGAAAGGAAUUGUGCAAUACUUGUACUUGUCAAUCAGGUGGUUGGCAAUGUACUGAAUUGGCUUGUUCUGCUGAAUGUUCAGCAGUUGGAGAUCCUCACUAUACAACGUUUGAUGGUCUUAAAUAUGAUUAUCAGGGUGCAUGUGGAUACACUUUAGUCCAGGAUCUUUGCAACGGAAAGCUAUUCGGAAGCUUCAGAGUCGUUGUUGAGAAUAUCCCAUGUGGCAACACCGCUGUUACUUGCACCAAAUCUGUGACAGUUUACCUCUUCCACCACGCAAUCCACUUCACAAAAGGGGACGGUGAACCAAUCGUAUCAUACUCUAACGCAACUAACGCUGGUCUUCGUCAAACUCCUAUUGAUUUUACGUAUCACGUGAGACAAGGAUCAAUUUACUAUAUAUUGGAAACAAACAUAGGAGUCUCUGUUUUGUGGAAUCAUGACAAUGCAGUUAAAGUUCAACUGUCACCUAAUUAUAGUGGGGAGGUAUGUGGUCUCUGUGGUAACUUCGAUUACGACCAAAGCAAUGAUUUCCAGACAAGUGAUGGCGAUAUUGUAGCAGAUCCCAACGUUUUUGGCAACUCGUGGAAGUUGAUUGAAACUUGUCCAGACUCCGAAGGUGAGCCCCAUCCAUGUGACGUUUACCCUCAUCGUGCCCCAUGGGCGGAAAAGAAAUGUGGCAUCAUAACAAGCGAAGUGUUCAAAGACUGUCAUGCCGUCAUCGAUCCAUCAACUUUCUACCAAAACUGCAUGUAUGACACAUGCGGAUGUGACUUUGGAGGAGAUUGUGAAUGCUUGUGCACUGCAGUUUCAACAUAUGCUCAGGCUUGCUCCCAAGCUGGUGUUUGUGUAACAUGGCGUGACAGCGAAUUCUGUCCUGUCAUGUGUGAAGCUCUUGAUCCUGGCUACGGAACUAGUGGUGAUUAUGAAUGUGAAUGGAAAUAUGAAGCUUGUGGAAAUCCAUGCCCGAGAACUUGCUGGAAUAAAGACCCGGUUUAUUGUCCAUGGGAACAACUCGAAGGAUGUUAUGUUCAGUGCAAAGACGAUGAAGUAUGGGACUACGUUGGUCAAAAAUGCAAGCAUGAGUCAGAAUGUCCGGUUAUUCCACCGCCACCAACAACUACAACCCCGGCUCCAACAACAACAACAACUCCGGAACCCACAACUCCGGAACCAACAGUAAUAGAGUUCUGUAACUGCAGGGAUGCCAACGGCAAUAUUUAUCUACCUGGAGAUUCUUGGCCUCUGAGAGGAGACUCAUCACUUUGCGUUACUCUGGAAUGUGUAGAAGAAUCACCCGGGAAAUGCAUAACGAAAAGUACAGAUUAUAAACAAACUUGCGACUCUCAGCCCAAACCAACAUGUGCUAACUAUUUCCCAGCUGUUGCUGUAGAUGAUGGUUGUUCCUGUCACUGGGAAUGCCAAUGUUAUUGCUUCGGUCAAGGUGACCCACAUUUCUUCACUUUUGAUGGAUUCUAUUAUCCAUUCCAAGGAAACUGUACUUUUGUGUUAGCUAGAAGUUCAGGAUCAUCAUUGACAAAGGAUGUUAAACACGUUGUUGAAAGGGAUUACGAAAUUUGGAUGCAAAACGUGAAAUGUGAAGAAGCCCCAACAACAACAUGCACAAGAAUGAUCACAUUGAAGUAUAACAAUACCGAUCUUGAACUCAUUGAUGACUAUACGUUCACCGUUAACGGUGGUCCUCCAGCUAGCGCCCAAGAGAACCUGCCAGCAACAAUAAAUGGAAUCCUUGUUGAAUUACGUGGUAGCAAUUUGUUUUAUGUCACGAUUGAAUCUAUUGGACUUGUUCUGACAUACACCGGCGAAGACUACAGUUGGUCACUUCGAUUACCAUACGGAUAUGCUGAGGAUAACACAGAAGGGUUGUGUGGUGUUUGUAACAACGAUCUGUCGGACGAACUGACUUCACGUGGGGGUGAAAUUGUCACUGACAUUGAGAAGUUCGGAUACAGCUGGCUCGUUGCCCAUAAAAGUGGAGUUUGUUACGAACCACCUCCAGUAUGUCCAGCCCCUCCAGCGUCAGAGUGUGACAUCAUUCUAUCUGACAUAUUUGAAGCAUGUCAUCCACUUGUCGACCCAGAAAAAUUCCACAAAAUUUGUCAAUUUGACACAAAAUGUGGCAAAUACAGUUAUUGCGAGGCAAUUUACGGCUAUGCAAGAAUUUGCCAAGUGGAAGGAGCGUGCAUUGACUGGAGAAAUGCCGACUUCUGUCCGUUUGAAUGCGAAGAGGAUUUCGUAUACCAAGCCUGUAGACCCGGGUGUGACUAUACAUGCGCUGAAUUCAAUCAAGGAGUGGAAUGCGUAGACGGAGAAGUUAUUGAAGGAUGUUUCUGUCCCCCAGAUCAGGUUCUUUCCAACGGAAAAUGUGAACCUACCACUAAUUGCACUAACUGUAUUGAUGAUAAUGGAGAUAUAUAUGAGUACGGUGAAUCAUUCAUUCCACCUGGAGACACAUGCACUGUAUGUACCUGCAUGAGCGAACAACAAUUUGCGUGCAAUCCAAUUGCAUGUUCACCGGAUUGGAGUCCGGAAAAACCGGAAUGUUCAUCGUGUCAUGUUGUACAGCAAGUUGUCGGAAGUGAUCCAUGCUGUCCUGAGUAUGAAUGCGUUUGCAAUUAUGCAAGCGGACAAGGAACAGGGGAAUGUGCCGCCGCUUUUAUACCAACUUGUUCAUCACCCGGCUAUGUAGCUGACAUAGUAAAUCAAGGAGAAUGUAUUCCACAAUAUGAUUGCGUUUGCAACACUGAUGUCAAAAAUUGCCCGGAAGCGCCCACAUGCGAGGACAAUAAAUAUUUACAUACGGAAGUGGGAGAUUGCUGCCCAACUUAUGAAUGCAGAUGUAAAACUUGUCCACAUGAUGGUGUAUGGUGUGAUGUUUGCGAAAACAAGGUUGUCACCUACGAUGACUGUGGAUGCAGCGCUACUACAUGUAACAUAAAGGGAAUUUGCUAUUACAAUGGAACGGCAUAUGAGCCUGGUGAUGAGUACUGGAUAGACCCAUGUCAACACUGCACAUGUCAUGCGACUGAACCAAACGAGAGGGGUUGUUACCACGCUGACUGUGUUUUAAUGGCAUGUGCCGCAUACUGUCCACCAUGUCAUGAAAGGGUCAUAAAUACAGGAGAAUGCUGCGGAACUUGUGUAAAAACUUCUUGCUCCGUAGAUGGGCCGGACGGUGAAGCGCAAUGCGUCGAUAUUGGAGAUGGCUGGGAAGAUAUGGACACUUGUUCAUCACAUAUCUGCGUUGCUGAUAAUAAAGGCGAACCGGUCGUUAUAGAGCGUCCAAUGGAUUGUCCUGCUCUCAUUAUGCCAAGCUGUGGUCCAUGUUACGAAGUCAAAGUCACUACUGAAGACUGUUGUCAAACGGCUCAUUGUGUAAAAUCAGCAGUAUGUUGUAGCUUGGAUGGCACAACAGUAAAACAGCAAGGAGAAUCAUGGCCACCAAAUCUUUGUACAACGUGCACUUGCACAUCAGCCGUUAACCACACAUCCGGUUUUCAUAUCGUUAACUGUGAGAAGAAAGAAUGCCAGAAUUUUGACGAAUCUCUAUGUGAGGGAACUAUAGUACCAACAGAAGAUGGCUGCUGCAAGAAAUGUGAUAACAAGUGCAUAGACGCAAACGGAGGCACUUACGAUUAUGGUGAAGUUUUCUAUCCGGAACCUUGUAAAGUCUGUUCAUGUGUGCAAGGCAACGAAAUAAAAUGCAACAACGUAGCCUGUAAUAGUACUACUGGUGGAAAAGUACCGGAGUGCGGCCCAUGUCAAGUAGCAACUAGAAUUCCAGAAUCGGAUCCUUGCUGUCCUGAAUAUAAAUGCACGUGCAACUACGAGCUCGGAAAAGGAGAAAGUGAGAAUUGUCCAGCAGUCGAAAUACCAACCUGUGAAGUUGGUUUUGCACCAAUUCUAACCAACCCAACCGAUUGUAUACCGAUUUACGAAUGCACAUGCAAUCCCGAUAAGAAUCCAUGCCCUGCUGCCCCGACUUGUACUCACUUACAGCAUUUGGUGACUGACGAAUCAGGAUGUUGUCCUAAAUAUAAAUGUGAAUGUAACAAAUGUGAUGAUGUACAACCAGCCUGCUCUCCAUGUCAAGACAGAUCAGUAACCAUUGAUGAUUGCCUAUGUGCUCAUGUUCAGUGCUUAUCAAGAAAUGUAUGCCAUUACAACGAUAUAACGCGACAGAUUGGAGAAGAGUGGGAUGAGGACGUUUGCACUCGUUGUAAAUGUUCAGGUGAAACAUUCAGCGCAGAAACAGGUUGUUAUUCUACUACGUGCUUCGCCACAUCUUGUGAUACCACUUGUCCACCUUGUCAUAACUACGUCACCCAAAGUGGACAGUGCUGUGGAAGUUGCAUACCCGUUGGCUGUGACGUGCACGGACAAUGCAAAAACAUUGGUGAAUCAUGGAGCGACCAGGACGAAUGCAAAUCUUACGUAUGCAUGCUGAACGAGGAAGGAACCCAUGUGGUAACUUCAUCAUAUGCAUGUGAAGAACCAGAAAUACCAUCAUGUAACUCCUGCUAUAAAGUCGAAAGAUAUACUGAAAAUUGUUGCAGUAAAUACAGAUGUGUACCAGAUAGUGUAUGCUGUACGUCUGGAUUGCCACAACUGCCCUCGUCGAGUUGGCAUCCAACAAAUUGCGAUACAUGCCACUGCACUGAACAAAUCGAUGAAGACACUGGUUUUUAUAUACAUAUGUGUGUACGUAAGGCAUGUCCACCUGUUGACGAGCAAACCUGUCUUUCAAAGGGGGGAUCAAUCGUCUCGACUGAAGAUGGGUGUUGUUCAAAAUGCCAAAUUGAUGCUUGUUUCGAAUGCUCUAGGCAUAUUGCCUCACGUCUUGAAUAUGUUAGAGUGGAUUCUUGUACCUCAGUUGAAGAGAUGCCGGUUGCAUACUGUGAUGGUUUUUGCCGAAGUGGUGCUCUGUGGUCAGCAGUAGGUCUCUCCGACCAAUGCUCUCUUUGCCAGCCAUCAUCUCAUGAAACUAGAAAAAUCGCAAUGAAAUGCAAGGAUGGAUCACAAUUUGAUUAUGAAUGGAAAAUGGUGACAAGCUGUGGUUGUACGGAUUCCUGUGAAUGUAAUGUUGUCACUCCAACAGAACAACCGGAGGAGCCUGAAGUUUCAGGUUCUGGCGAAGAACCUACCACUCCCCCACCCACUAAAAUUCCGGAAAUACCAGAAGAAUCAGGAUCUGGUGAAGAACCUACCACGGCACCACCCACAAAAAUUCCGGAAAUACCAGAAGAAUCAGGAUCGGGUGAAGAGCCUACAACGGCACCACCCACUAAAAUUCCGGAAAUACCAGAAGAAUCAGGAUCGGGUGAAGAGCCUACCACGGCACCACCCACUAAAAUUCCGGAAAUACCAGAAGAAUCAGGUUCGGGUGAAGAGUCUACCACUCCACCACCCACAAAAAUUCCGGAAAUACCAGAAGAAUCAGGAUCGGGUGAAGAGCCCACCACGGCACCACCCACUAAAAUUCCGGAAAUACCAGAAGAAUCAGGAUCGGGUGAAGAACCUACCACGGCACCACCCACCAAAAUUCCGGAAAUACCAGAAGAAUCAGGAUCUGGUGAAGAGGCUACCACGGCACCACCCACUAAAAUUCCAGAAAUACCAGAAGAAUCUGGAUCUGGUGAAGAACCAGCCACACAACCACCUACGAGAAUUCCUGAAGAGCCCGAGGAAUCAGGUUCAGGAUCUGGUGAUAUAGUUGUUGAAAUACCUGAAGAAACUACAACAACAAAACCUCUUCCAACCACCACGACUACUGUUGCAACAACUACUACCACUACAACUCCAGAACCAACGACAACAUCUACUACUACAACCCCAGAACCAACGACAACAACUACCACUACUACAACUCCAGAACCAACGACAACAACUGCUACAUCAACGACCACUAGCACAACUCAAUCAACAACAUCCACUUCAACUCCAGAGCCAACGACAACAACAGAAGAGCUGACAACUACGACAACCACAACGACGGAGCCAACUACCACGACUGUAAAAACGACAACUGAAGAGACAGAAGCACCCACCACAACAACGACUACAUCUAAACCCCCGAAAACCACUCCAAAACCAAUCCCAACAACGACAACAACUACAAAAGCACCCACAACAACUACACAAUCUAGUACUAGUAGUACGACGACAAAACCAAUUGUCACCGUUCUACCGGAAACAACAACAACACAAAAGGCGACAACCAAACCAGCUGAACCCACUUGUUACUGGACAGAUUGGAUGAGUUCGGACCGCCCAAAAAUGCCAAAUCGUAAUGACGACGAGCGAUAUGAGCAUUUACGUGAAAACAACUUCAAAUUCUGUGAAAAUCCCACUCAAAUUCAAUGCCGUCCAGUCGGGAAAACUAUUGCGGAUUUUGAAAAAACGCAAGAAUGGCAAGUGGUCAGUUGUGACGCGAAAUCUGGACUUUUCUGUGAUGGAAACCAGCAACCAGUUCAUCCAGUCUGCGAAGAUUAUGAAAUCAAAGUUUAUUGUUGCGACGGAGUAGCCACAUUAGCUCCUACAACUGCUGCUUCAUCACCUUCGUCUGAAGGAGGUCAGUGGCAAUGGCAACACCAGUCUCAAUCUGGAGAAGGUGGGAGUCAAUCUCAAGGUCAAAUUCAAAUAGGUACUGGCGACGGCACUCAAAUACAGGGUCAAUCUCAAAGCCAGGAAGUCAGUGACAUCGACGCACAUGCUCAAUCUAUUAUCAGUGGGAUAGAAAGUAGUCAUCAAGCAAACCCAUCAGGCGGUGAUAGUUCAAGCCAGUCACAGGUUCAAGUGCAGCACCAGUCAUCAAGUCAAACAUCAGGUCAAUCACAAAUCCAAAUUCAGCACCAGUCAUCCUCAUCAAGUCAUUCACAACCGCAAUCACAGCAACAAAUUAAUGAGGAUUUGGCUUCUUUAAAUGACCAAGACAUCGCACAUCUUCUAGGACAACUCGAAAGCAAUGGUGAGUUUGCACAAGCGCAAUCUCAACAACAGCAACAACUUGAAAGUGCUAUGAGCCAGAUGAGCUUGGGUGAUAUAGAAAGCGAACUACAAGAGGAACUAAAUCAACGUCUAUCUUCGAAAAAUUCAGGCGAAACUAAAAAAGAAAACAUUGACGAUGACCUUGCUGAGGAAAUCAAAGAACUCGUCAAAGCUUAAUUGGAAUUUAAUGAAACAUAAUAAUACCUGACAUCCUAGCAAAAAUUAACCAAAUGUUCAUUCUUUAGUACUAGUACAUAUUCUGCCGCGCCGUUGAUCCAAGAUUUAUCUAUGUAUAUAUAUAGUGUACUAUAUACAAACUUAUCACAGUUAAAGCUAAUAUUAAUUUCACAAGAAUUAGUUGAUUCUUCUCGUUGAAAUCUUCACGUUAAAGAUAUUACACACAUUCGUUUGUUUAUAGUCAUAACGUCGCAGCACUGCCUACGUAUUCAUGUUGUAGGUCGGUCUGGUUCUGGAACGAUCGAUAUCUUCAAGACAAUUUUUUUACAUACACAAAUUUAAGUUCAAUAUUUCUCAAUUUCCCUAUCAUCAUUUUUAUUGUAUAAUCACAAAAAAACAAUUCUUCAAUAUAUGUAGUAUAUAUUUUUUUGGUAUAUAUUUUUCUGACAAACUCAUGUUUCGUUAUCGUGUCUGGGCAAGGCAAUAUUAUUGCUAUUUUGCACAUUUGUAGUUUUUAAUUUCCCAAAUUUAAUAACCCUAAACUUUACGUUGAAGACAAUCGUUUCAUAUAAUUCGUAAAAAGCUAUCGCAGAAAUAGCCAUGCUUUUUGUAGAGCUUGUAUGUAUCAAUAUAUCGAAAUCUCAAGUUUUCUAAUUAUUUCGCGAGCAUCGUAACAAAGUGUGACUGUUUGUAAAUAUUGUUUCAUGUGUUUUUGAUGGCUUGUCAAAGAUUACAAAUGAGACCAAUCUCCUCCAUUUAUGAACCAAUUUAGCUGAAUUUAAUCAUUUUGAUUUGGUUUAUAUCUGGCAAGAAUAUGUCUGUUAUGAAAUUUAUGGCUUGCCACUUUUGUCCAGAUAAGAUUCAGUUUUGCUCAUGUUUGGACGUUUCACAGUUCAAAUACUUGUUUGACGACAUUCAAACGUGAGGAAAGAUAAAUGUCUUCUGGACAAUAUUGGUCAAAAUUUGCCAAGCUGUGUGCCGUGAUGUACUGCACUUAAAGCAGUAUAUAUCUGUCAGUUAAAAAUGGCCCAGCUGAUUUUGACCGAGAUUGGAUUGGACGAAUGUAAAAAGUCCGAACCCGCAUGUAAGACCGGGAAGUGCAAUGAGUGUAAAGUAAUUACUAACAACAAAUAAUUGUAACCGAUUUGUAAUAAAAAUCACACUACCAAGUUAAUAUUUUUUUUUAGCUUAUUGCUUGUGAAAUGUAUAUCAACAUACCAUGUAGAUUUAUGUGUUUUGAUCUAUAGUAGAUUGCAAAAUACACUGCUUUAUCUAGA